AUGAGGUUCUCAGUGUCACGGUCCCCUUCACCCGUUCAACGGACGACGAGAAGACCGACAAAUGCCUACAGCAUCCACAACCUCACAGACGACGAAGAAGAAUCCUCGUCGUCCUCCGAGUCAGAAGAGCCGCAGGUCUUGUCGUUUUCUCAUGCCGGAAGAGACAUCUCUAUGACCUUGUCACGAGCACUCACCCGUUCCAACGCCAAUCCGAACCCAGACCAAAGUAUUGAUGCAUUCCUUAACGCGGUCAGGUUAAGGAGUCGGGUCGACCCACUGGAGGAGUAUCAGAAUGCAGAACGGGCUAUGGUCAAGAGUUCGUCUCCACCCGCGCCAUCCCUACCACAUCUAUCUUGCGCCCUCACUCAAUCACACUUGGCACUACAAGCAAAACGUAAUGAGCAGGAGAUGUCUGCUGUGCUCGCCAUGGUCGAGAGACUGGACAUCCAACGAAAAGGGAGGGAGGAAGAGGGCAUGAAGCGGGUAAAAGAGGGGAACAGGGGGAUAUGGGAGGAGAUCGAGGGUGCAAUACGCAGGGAUGAGGAGAAGUUACGAGCGGAAGAAGAGCAGAGGCGACAGGAAGCGGAGAAGAAACGGCAGGAGGAGGAUAGGAAGAGGGCCGAGCUGAAGGCGGAGGAGGACAGACGAAAGGCAGAAGAGGAGAAGAAGAGGAAAGAAAAGGAGCAGGAGGACGAACGGAAGCGACAAGAGAAAGAGGCGAGAGAAAAGGCAGAGAAAGAGAAGGCAGAGGACGAAGCGAGGAAGGAUGCUGAGGAAAAGGCUGCCAAAGACGCACAGGAAGCGCGCGCUGUCCAAGCAUCACAGGCCAGCGCUAAGUCGGUGCCAGCGAUACAGGAGUGGGAGACCGCGUGGGCGGAACGUGCCGCACUCAAGAACCUAACAAGAGCUGUGGAAGAGAGCUCUGAGCUGAAGUCAGUUGCUGGGAGGCUGCGACGCAAACUACGCACGCGAGUCGGGCAGGUCACCAACUCGCAGUCUGAGCUCGCUAAGCUUGCCGACGCCAUUCACGACAUCAUCUCACCGAGCCCUCCGCAUCCUGCUCCCGUAUACACUGCACUGCUAUCUGCGUUCUCAAAGUAUCUUUUACUCCAGGCUGAGACAGAGGUCACGGCGAAGCUGCCGACUGCCUAUCCGUUAGCACGUUUGGUGUGGUUGGUGGUAGCGAGGGGUCACACGAGGUUAUGGGAGAUCUUUUGGGCGAGGCUUGUAGGCCGAACAGGCGGAUGGGCACCCGGAAUGAGCGACAACGAGUGGCGCAAGAUGGUCGGCCGCGAGCUGGAAGGCAAGAACGACCCAGACGACAAGCCGCCGACGCUGGAGACCACAUCCCAGUACACUGACCGAAUGGUCGGCCAGCUCGCGCUCUACGCGGCCAUCCUUCAGACGUCACCGAUGCCGGCUCAGGUUGAGCCUGACUCGGUGCCUGCUCCGUUCAGACUGGCAAAGCUAUGGACGUGGCUUGCUCGUGUGCUGAACUCGGGCGAGCUGCUGAGUUCGUGUUCUGCGCCGCAGUGCUUGUCUGUUGUGCUGGAGGUGGCAGGGGAUGGACUGUGCGAGGCGUAUGGGACGCAGUUCAGGAAGCUGAUGGGGUGUGUCAGGGAGGCUGUUGGGAAAGGAGCGGGAGGGGAAGGCGAGACGGGGGCGAGAGUGAGGCUGGGACUGAUGGUGGAGCGGUGGGAAAAGGAGGGCAAGUUCGGGCUGGAGGGAAGGAAUGUGGAGAGGUGA